UCAAUGUUGAAAAUGUAUUUGACCAUGAUGAUUCUGAAGAUCUGAAUAUUUCUUUUGAUAAUGAGCUGGAAAGAUAUAAUGAUAAUUUUGUUUGUAAUAAGCUGAUAGAAAAUGAUAAUGCUGUGAAAAUUAUAAGAAAAUUUCAAGAAGUAGCAAAAGAACAUUACCUGGAAUAUGCCUCUCAUAAAGCAC